AUGGGCAGCCCGACGGGAAGAGCCCUGCCUUUCUUCCUCAUCCUUGUGCACAUAUAUCUACAUGGAGCUUUGUCACAAGCAACCCGCCCUGUGGGGCAACGAAAACCAUUUCUCGCGAGGCUCCGUAGACUAGAAGAGCAGUUUCGGAGGUUCCAAGAGGUGACCCUGACGCACCUUCAGGGCAUCGCCAGCCACUACAACCUGUCCGUCGACAUCGAGGCCCGGUUCCGGAGCCUGGCCCGGGAGAGCCAGGCCGUGGCCCUGGCGCUCAACCAGUCGCAGGCGGCCGUGCAGGAAGAGCUGGGCCACCUCAGGACCUGGGUGCGGAGGACGCAGCGCCGAGGCCGGAAGGCGGACCACAGGCUGCUGGCCUUGAGUGCCACUGUGAGCGAGGGCAGCGCGCGGCGCGCCCGGGAGCAGGAGACACAGAGGGCCGCUGUCUCAGGCCUGGCCCGGGACGUGCGGGCCCUGCGGGACGCGCUGCUCCGCCUGACGCCCCUCGUCCAAAGCCAGGGAGCCAGGCUGGCCGCUCUCGAGGGCCCGCUGCGGGUAGCUGGCACCAGCCCCACCACCCCAAAUGUGACUCUGGCCCCAUCUAGGCCGUCGAACCUGAGCGCCCCACAGCUGCAGGGGGGUGGGCAGGCGUCCAGAGCUCCGCCUGAGCCCCGGAACCCACCUCUGGACUUCGCUCACCGUCUCCAGGGAGCACAAGAGCCCCGGGGCCUAGGCAACCAGCAGGCAUGGCCCCCUGAGAGUCCAGGAGAGGUUUGCAACGUGGGCCCUGCGCUCAUCUUCCCAAAUGCCUCCACCAUGAAUGUGGGCUUCCUCCGCCCCGGUUUUCUCACGGGUCUGCGGGCCCUGUCCAUCUGCAGCUGGGUCCGCACAGCCGCUGACCACCUGGGCACCCUCCUGUCCUAUGCCACCGAGGAAAACGACAACAAGCUGGUUCUGCAUGGCCGCGACUCCCUGGCUCCUGGCUCCGUCCACUUUGUGAUUGGAGACCCAGCCUUCAGGGAGCUGCCCCUCCAGCCACUGCUAGACGGCCGGUGGCACCACGUGUGUGUCAUCUGGACGUCCAUCCUGGGCAGGUACUGGCUCCACGUGGACCGAAGGCUCGUGGCCACCGGCUCUCGGUUCAGGGAGGGGUAUGAGAUCCCCCCAGGAGGGUCCCUGGUGCUAGGCCAGGAGCAAGACCACGUUGGGGGCGGGUUUGACAGCUCUGAGGCCUUCGUGGGGAGCAUGGCAGGCCUGGCCAUAUGGGACCGCGUGCUGGUCCCUGGGGAGGUUUCGAACCUGGCCAUGGGGAAGGCGCUCCCGACAGGUGCCAUCCUGACACUGGCCAAUGCCACAUCAGUGGGCGGAUUCGUGCAGAGGGUGAACUGCACCUGCCUGCAGCUGUGUCCCUGAGGGCUCACCGCACACACAGCAGUGGCACUCACAUGGUGGCCAGCGGGAGGGGCACCCCCAAACUCUGCACAGUCCAUAGAGGGCCCCCACUCAGACUGAGGGCCAGUCUGCUGCCCCCGACCUGGACCAAGCACACCUGCCCUCUAACACAGGAUGUGGGCAUUGCAUGGGGGCGGAGGAGGGUAGCCGGCAAGGCAGAGCCAGGCCUCAGGGCCCCCAGGACUGCAUUCCCCCCUUCACUGCAGUGUUCUUACAAACACCCCCCUUUGUAGUAUGAUGUCAUUUCAGCGCAGCUUACCGGCCAGGUGGUGGUGCCAGGCUCUAGCUCCAUGCUUCCUGGGUAUGGGUUUGGGGCAGCCGCAGGCUGGUUCCUAGAAAACUCUUCUCCUUGUGUUAGCUGCCGUGGUCCUCUCUCCAUGAGGCUUGUGAGAGUUUCUGUUUGUCUGUUCUCUGUUCUAACGUCUCUCAUGAGAAGGGCUGGAGAGUCCAUUUCCUGGCCCUGAAGCUCCUUCACCCUGGGGGUCCAUCAAGGUUCUGUGACAUGGCUGGUGAGGCCAUUAGAGCUGCCAGGAAGGGGGCUUGCAGAGGAAACAGUCUACCCAGAAAUACACAUUAAGGAUGGGCAAUGCUUUUACAUACUAUGAAACUCACCCAUUCUAAGCGUAGAGUUUGAAGGCUUGUAGUCAGUCUGCCAAGUAUGCAACCAUCACCAUGAUCCAGCUUUAGAACAUUUCCAUUGUCCCCCGCCAUAAAGACAUCAUACAUGUUAGGGUCACCCCUGUGCCCACACAGCCCCUCCCCCA